GCGCGCUGAAACACCCUUUUGUCGCGUAAACAGCGCAGUACGCAGUUUGCCAGGCACAGCCCCUCCUGUGGAGCGUCUAAUUUUGCGGAAAUUCCACAGCGUCUGACUUAAAUAGGGUGGUAGCGCCUGUAUUUUGCAAAAAAUGGAGAUGGCCAACGACCAGGAGAAGCGCGUGAAGCAGCUGAAGCGAAGUCUCGAAGGGUGGCGUGAGAUCGUCCUUUUGCUCCAUUCGGUGCUCAUUUGGGAGCAGCAAUGGCAUGUGGGCGCCCUUGUGGGGGUGAUCACCACCGAAUUCUUGCUUGUGUGGUGGCUGGAUCCGACGAUUCUGACCCUGUUCUCUGUGUUGGGCUUGACUGCUGUAUUGGUGGACUACCUUGUGCCACUGGUCGCCUCUAACUUCUUCCGCUCGGAAAACUGGGACGGUGCCAAGGAGAAGAAGUUUGAGCAGAUCUGCAAAAUCCUUGCCUCCAGUGAAUCAACCGUUUGUAACGUCUGGAGCAGCUUCUACGCCUGGAGGGAGAGCAGACCUAAACUGUAUCUGGUAACUGUCAUCACGACCCUGCUGGUUACAUCGUACUUGGGAUCCAUCAUCAACAAUCUCUUCUUAACAUACCUUAUUGUGGUCCUGAUUUCCGUCAUUCCUGGACUGCGCCACCGCGGCCUCAUCCAAAAAUACUUUGGCCAGGUCAUGGGCAUGGUGGAGGGAAUGCUCAAGAAGGGUGGCGAGGAAAAGAAGUCCAAUUAAUAGCACAAUCUUCGACAAGCGUUUGACGCUGCUUUCAAUACUACUGCAUGUACCUUUUGACCCCUCGGAUGCCUGUUUCACUUCUGUUGAUUGGUGUUAGAUUUAAGGUCUUUUUAGCUUGUAAUUGAAAACUCAAAUCUCUCUAUCCAUGAUUAAUGUUGAUUGUACCAAAAUUAGGAGCACCUACGUGUAUAUAGUUUGAUAGUCACUCUUGUUGGACCUUAUUCUUUUGUAUAGAACUUCAUUGCUUGGGUUAAGUAUAUGCCUAGAUUUUUUUUCAUCGUGUUCAUCAAAACCAGGCUCUUUGUAAUUAUAUCUGAACUAGAUGACUCCGAGUCAGUGCCAAAAAUUUGUUUCACAAACAUAUUAUAGCAAGCAUUCCUUUUAAAAGUGAGAGCUCUCAGAAAUUUACAUAAUUGACAGCAGCUAGUCAAUUCUGGUAUUAAAGUAGUUCAGGAAAAGCCAUCAAGAAAGAUCGAAUAAAAAUCUCUUUGUAAGUUUGGCUGUAAAAAGCGCACAAUCCGAGGGAUGGACAAGUUUGUGAAUAAUGUGCUUUCUUGAAAUUUGAUCUCAUGACCAAACUAGGUGGUUAGCUUUUAAGAUCAAAGUGCGUGACUUAAUGUGUCGGUUUUAAUUACUGAAGAAUGAGCACCACGUCCUUUAUUUAAAAAGUCAAAUAUGCGCAAAAUACGUUUUUUUUCUUGCCACUAGAGCUGUUCUGCCUUGAUGAUGAAUAUUAAUUACAAGUUAGAUUAAUACUUAUGGCGUCUUUCAUUAUUUUGUUUUGGCAGCUUUCCUGGUCACUUAAUUUGGGAUAAUCCAAGGGACGUACAUAUUUUGAGGCUUUCAACUUGCUUGUCUUGGGGCAUACCAUAAGGUUGGAUUUAUGGAGGCGAUCAAAACCGUCCAGUGAAAAUGAACCUAACCACCGAUAUUGAACAACUUUUGAAAUUAAAUUUUUGUUGGAAUGCGUUGAAAUCCUAUGGUUUGUUGUCCAAUGCUACAUAGGGCUUGAUUAUCAAUAAUACAUAAUUUAUAUCUUAAAAAAAUACUAUGUAUUACUAAGAGUUCAAAUUUGUCAGUUAUAGUAGCUAAUUUAAAAUUAUGAUUCAGUGCAGUCAGAAAGAUACUGCUGGUCUCAUCAAAGAUUUUCCCUGACAUCUAUUUUUUUUUUCAAAACGCAGUGCGGUUUUUUAAGUGGAAAAAAUGCGCCAAUAAUUGGUUUCCCUUAAAUUAAGUCGUGAUUUUUCUACAAUAGUCUAGAACUACAUUUUGUAUUUGUAAUGUCGAUGUGUAUAUAAAUGUGUGAAACCAUCUUUUAAUAUCUCGUGAAAGCAGAUCAUCAUUUAGAGAUUAAAUUUGUUUGAAGUACUGUCGUUGAUCAGUUGUAUCACAAGGUGGGAAAUAAAGAAAUGUCACUUAAUCGAAAA